CCAACGUCUACUUGAUUCUAGUAGGAUUUGUUUUGGCUAGUCUCCGUAAGCAUACUCUAAAUGUGACACUUAUGAGCGGAGGAGGGCGGGCGUUGUGGUUGACAAGUUCUAGCGUCGACCAUAUUUGACAGGCUGCCGCUGCCGUAGGACUUGCGCAGUCCAUCACUCAGGGAAUCCAUGCGAAGAGACCUUGGGAUGAAGAAUCGGGCAAUGACGCCUCCGGGAAUCUGAUUUUCCAGUCCCUCGCAGCCCUCUUGCAGAUGGCACCGAAUUCAAAGCAUUGUAAUGGACACUCAAUCGUUCGCGCCAGCAUCCCCGCUGGGACGUUACUGUACCAUGGGUCUCUCACCCGAGAACACGCCUCGAGGGAUUGGAUUGCUUUCGAUCUUGAACAUGCCUUCAUAUUCGCCAGGGGAUCGAAUGGCACCCUUUUUACUCUCAUGGCUACGCGGGAGCUUAACUUUAUCUACUUCGACGGCUGUAGCGCCAACAAAUUGGGCGCCGUCGUUGGGCGCACACGGGGUCACUGGGAGGUCGACGACCUUGCGCGUUUCAACGACGGGUGCGAUUGGGCGAAACCGCACGGCAUAGACGGCUUCAUCAGGAUGGAAUGGGAAUUCGAGAUCAUGCAUUGCAACCUAUCGCAAGGUCUCGAGUCCGGAGUGCCUGACCUCCCUCAGCCUACGUCAAAUAGCACGGCUGAUCCACUGAAUGGUCAGCUGACUCCGCAAGCCUCGUUUCAUGGGCUACGACCCGGGAGAGAGGACCUCCUCGUACGCGCCGCAGAUGAUGCGACUGCGCUCGUCGACCUCCCACCGCUCAUCCCGCCGAAGGGCUGGAAAGGCACGCUUCCCUUCACCUUAUUUGAGUCGCGGCAUACCGGCACAUGGCACAACAACUUUCCAGGCGAGCUACGUGUUCAAAUCUAUCCCUCCACACUCAUCUCGUUCUUCGACCCCGCCCUUACGUCCCUUGUCACUGCCCGCCGUUCCCAGAAGCGCGAGGAGUACCGCGCAGGCAACGCCUCCGCAGCGGACAUCGCGCGCGUACGAGCAGACAUCGCCGAGAUGAUGUCGAGGGACUGGAGCCCCGAGGUGCGCGGUAACGUGGAUUGGAUCGCCCUCGCACGCGUCGUGCAGGAUCGCUAUGCGGACCGCCUGCCGUAUAUGCAGUACUUGCUACAUAGCCCUGCCGCGAACGUAUCUGAGCACAUGGUGCUCCUGCGCAAACAGCUCGUCGUAUCGCUCAUCCCAUACAUGCCCCGGGAGCAUAUCGGCUCACCAGACUGGUUCGCGAACAUCGCGUAUAACUGCGCGGAGAGUUUUGCUGGGUGGCUGCCUAUGGAGCGAUUUACGAAGCAAGAGCGGGUCCUGCUGAGUGCAGUCGAGGAGGUGCUACACGAAAUUUGCAGAGUUUACACGGAGGCAUGGGUGGACGCGUUCGACGUGGAGAGCAAGAGCGAUGAUGUCGCCAGGGAGCUGAUGCGGAAGUGGCGGGGUGAGUUCGACAAGCUCGUCGAGUGGUUGGACUGGCCUGGCUGGAUCAAGUGCGAGCCUGAGUGUGGCCCUGAUGAGUAUUGUCUGAUACCGCAGGCGAGAUGGUGGUCGUGGUAUGGCACUGACCCUACGUGCGUCUCAGUGGAAGAUGAGACGUACGAGCCUCAGGCUGCGUGACAGCUAAAUAAAGAUCGGCGAACGGCACUCUUGAUAUAUAGAUGCAGUCUUGAUAAGAAAUGGUAAAGAGCGGCAUGAUGACUAAAAUUAACAAC